UCGACGAAGGUGAACCGAUGAGUAUAGGCCAGGCCUACAAUACAAGGGUAUCAACAUCCACGUUUUGUAUAGCAUCACAGCAAGUCGCAAUCGUCUGUUUGUUCGUGCUGUGAUUUUGCCAAAAAAAUGGUAUCGGCGGGACGUCAGCAACCCGUGACGGUAAAUUACGACCAGGAUAGAUGGGGAUGGCUCAUGGUGGCCGCAGCGUUCGUCAAUGCGUUCGUCAUCAUGGGUCAGCUCAAGGCACUAGGUGUACUCCUCAUACCGAUGACCAACGACCUCGACAGUGAACUGUGGCUUGUUGGCUGGGUGGCAGUCCUGUAUAGCAUGUUGCAGAAUUGUGUCGCACCUGUCGUAGGAGCACUGUCUCGUCUACUAGGCGCACGUCCCAUGAACGUCAUGGGUGGAGUUAUGUGUACUCUGGGCUUGGUUCUAGCGUCGAUAUCACACUCAGUUCCGCUGUUGGCAGUUUUCGUUAUUGGGCUAUCAGGUGUUGGUGCUGCGUUCAAUUGGUACAUCAGUUUUGCUGUAAUGGCUUCCUACUUCAAGGAGAAAUAUCCGUUAGCUAUUGGACUGUCAACGAUGGGUGUUCCCCUUGGUAUAAUGGCUUAUGGGCCCGUAACCCAGGUUCUUCUCGACACCUAUGGCUGGAGAGGAACCAUGCUUUUACAAGGAGGUAUCUCGUUUCAUCUUGUUGCGUGUGCCUUGUUAGUGCGACGGGAUCCAUCUUCCAAUUCAGCUUCAGACACUGAUCAGUACCAAGAAGUGUCGGUACUCGAUGAAGAAGAAAACGCGCAGGAAGAAGGUGACGCUCCCAAUCAUACAAGACGCACACAAGAAAAGAGAAAAAAAACGUAUUGCCAACGCUUCGUGGAGGCGAUGGAUUUCAAAGUGCUUGCCGAUGUGAGGUUUGCUUUGAUUGCUUGCGGCAGGUGCUCAGCCUCGUUUGCAUACAGCGCUUGGCUGGUGUUCAUGGUGCCGCAUGCAAAAUUCCAAGGUCUGAGUGACACUCAGGCGUCGUUCCUGCCUACUGCGUUCGGGAUUGGCGACGUUAUUGGUCAGGUACUGGCGCCCCUCGUACAACAGCUCGGCCUGAAACCGCCCAUUACAUUCUGGGCGUGUUUCGGGGCAGCUCUGAUAUGUGCUUUGUUCGUCGCGGACGCCUUUAUCAGAUCGUUCAUCGGACUGUUAGUCGUUACGGGACUAUUAGGUGCUGGUUACGCGGUGAUGUACCAAGCUGUUUAUGUGAUGCUACGGUUCAUCUCGACAGACGACCGGUUUGUUAGUAUACUAGGCUGGCAGGGAGUCUUUACUGGAGUUGCAGGGGCGCUUGGUGGACUGGUGUCAGGUUGGAUUUACGAGUGGACGGGGACUUUCGUCAUAUCCUUCUUCGUGUAUGCUGGAAUGACAUUGCUUUCGAUUCCCUUAUUCAUCAUUGAAGCUGCAUACGCUAAACAGACGCACUAAGGCCCGUUUCAAACGUCGAACUUCGGCCGUCAACUAAUGGCCCAAAAUUUGAAAUUAUUUGAAUUAGACACGACUUCUUUUAGCAGAAACAUCACUAGCGCCCCGCCUGCAGAAGGGCACCUGCGAACCCUUUGACACCACCAUGCACACCUCAGGGAGACAGCCUGUCUCCAGUACUGUUUGUGGUUUACCUAGAAGCAGCUUUUCGUGACCUUCGUGGAAAACUGCAGACGCGAAGCAAUAGAGAUGGUGGUCUUCCUCUUGAUGUAGCAUAUGCAUGAUGAUAACAUUGACUUCGUGAGCUACUCGCGAGAAUUUCUCGACACAGUGGAGCAGACCGCACCAGGAAGUCUGUUUUAAUGGUUUCCACGAAGACUGAGCACACUACAAUGAAGCGUCAGGUACACUGUGAAGGAGAUGAGUGGCGCAUGACGAAGAAGCUCGGCUCACUGUUGGGAGACGGUGAAGAUGUCGCUCACCGUAAGCAGCUAGCCAAUGUGGCAUUCCACAAAAUGAAAGCACUAUGGCUACGGCGUCACCACAUGAGUGAGGAACUCCGUUCGUGCUCCCUGUACUUCUCUACGACAUGGGUACCUGGGGCCUCACUCAAAUAAACAGAACGACCCAACUGGACUCAUUCCACCGAAGCUAAUUACGACAGAUCAUUGGCAUGCGGUGGCAACAUCGCAUCUCCAAAAAGGCACUCUAUCGUCGCUGCAAGUGUGGUCCACUCAGCAUCCGGACCCUUGAAGCACGCAGGCGACUCUUCGGCCAUGUCCUGUGGCUACUGAGAGAUGUACCUGCUCUGAAAUUCAUCGACGAGUACUUCGGCACAGAAGCAGACAUGGAAGGUUGGCGAGGACGCCCUCGUACCACACUAGCAAUCGUCCUUGACAACGACCUGAAGACGGUGGGCAAGCGCCAACACUCUGAGCGGCAGAAGAGUGGCAGGGCUUCAAACGGCGAAUUUCAGCCACCGUGCCUCAUUCGAUAUUAUUGGCACGUCCCAACUCAGAAUCACACUGGGACGUCCCGUUUUAAAAUGGGCAUGCGCCUGUCGGCCGUUUACGUUUUGGCGUUCAAACAUAAUGGCGGCGUUUCAAAGGUGUACAUAGAAACACGCAACGCCUUUUUGAAUCCGAAUUCGUAUAAAGGGAAUGUACAAAAUUGCUUUUGCUGCAAUUUUCAGAAAUAAAUGGAUUUGAGAAUUAGUAUGUUUAGGUCCUAUAGCAAGUAUUGUUACACUGAUUUGUUUCACGUUUUGGGUUCGUAAAGGCUGGAAAACCAAGAAAA